ACCAACCGACACGCCUCAGUCACAGCAAGCCACAGCGUUUUCCCGCCGCCCUGCAUUCACCGAAAUCUGUUCUCACAUUGGUGCAGCCAAAGUGAUCUGUGUCACACUGCUCAGCGGCAUUUUCAUUGGAUACACGCUUUGCGAAUGGGAGAUACAGCCAUGCAAGGUCGUAGGCCCUACCGGCAAGUCAUCGACGGUGUGCCGAGGUGCCCACUGGUCGUUCCAGCACUGUUUCGUAAAACCCUCUCUUUCCGUGCUUCCAAGGGUGACGUCGUACAGAGCACAUACCCUAAAAGUGGGUCCCAUUUUAUUCAGUUCAUAACGCAGUUAAUCAUCAACGGAGGAAAGCCCGUCAGUUCCUUCGACGAGUUCACCCGCAACUGUCGGUUACUCGGGUAUGUGGAGACUGAUGGCUGGGAGCCAUCUCUACCCGUGAGACUGUUCAUGACGCACCAGCCACACAGCCUCGAGAGUAUGAACAAGGAGGCCAAGUACAUCUACCUCGCUCGGAACCCAUGGGACGUCUGCAUCUCGCAGUUUCGCAUGAUCACAGAACUCAGCUGCUUCCAGUUUGAGAACGGCACAUUGCAAGAGUUCUUCGAACCUUUCAUCGAGGGAGACUUGGGGUACGGCAGCUACUUUGACCACGUGGCCUCAGCGUAUGCCAUCAAAGACGAACCAAACUUUUUCUUCGUGACUUACGAAGAGCUCAAGAAGGACAUUAAAGGCACAGUUUUGAGACUGGCUAGCUUUUUGGGUGAAACAUACGAGAGGGCUCUGCUGCAAAACUCGCAAAUGCUACAGAAUAUUCUUGAAUGGUCCGAACCAGAACACAUGAGGAAAGUCAUGCUGAUUAAUUUCGCAGGAAGCACGGUUACGAGCAAAGAAGGCUAUGGUGGAGACAAAACAAAGUACGCGUUGGUAAAAAAGGCCAAAAUGGGAGGCUGGAAAGAAUACUUCACUCCUGACCUGCUCGCCCGUUUCGAGAAGAAAAUACAGGAAGAAGGGGACAAGGCAUCUUUUGUGGAGAUGUGGGAAGACAUUCGAAAUGAAGCCUUCACGUUAUCGCGCGGUCCUUCGGAGUACCAAAACUUUUCCGUACCUUAGUCCCUAGUUCUAAUCAUCUAUUUCGAACCGGCCGGAUCGGCGCUGGGAGGAAACGCGGCGCAACAAUGUCGCCGCGGCAACACUCCACGCAGACCAAGCACAGGGUCGGGAAAAGUGGAGUCCGAGCUCCAAAAGAGUCGACCCUCCAACAGAACGGAACUAAGACCGAAAAUAAACAAGAUAUC